AUGCGUGAAGUAGCUAACUAUUGCAUUAUAGACGCACUACGUUGCCAGGAGCUUUUGGUAAAGCUAAGUCAAAUAAAUGAUUACAGAGAGGUCGCUUCCAUAGCUCACGUUUCUUUGUUCGACUCACACUAUCGCGCAAAUGGAAUGAAGGUACGAAACCUUCUGGGCACUUAUGCUUUUAAACGAGAUAUGGUAUUUAGCACAAGAGUAUGCGAAAAUAUAGAAAAAGGGAAAUAUCCCGGCGCAUACGUAUUUCCGCCUAAAAAGGGGAUUGAAACGAGAAGACCUGUAACGGGAUUGGACUUUGCCUCAUUAUAUCCCAGUCUCAUCAUGGCUUACAAUCUCUCUCCAGAUAAAAUAAUACUAACACAUGGAGAGGCUGAUAUUGCGGAAAAAAAUGGAAACAUUUUACAUAAGAUUGAGUUUCCAUUUAAUAACCGUACCAUUCAAGCUUGGAGUGUAAGACAUGAUAAUCAAUUCGAAAAGAAGGGCUUAUAUCCUGUUGUAUUAGAGGAUUUAUUCAACAAGAGAGUAGAGCUUAAAGCACAUCUUGCCACACUAGGAAAGAAAAAGCUACAACUUGGGAAGAUAAUAAGUUCAGCUAAAAAAAGAGGCAAAAGGAUUCCGGGGAGCUUAAGUUCGGAAUAUUCAUCCGUAUGCUUCGAUUAUGAUUAUUUUGAUUCGAAGCAAAGAGCUCUGAAGGUAUACAUGAACACUUUUUAUGGGGAAGCAGGAAACUCAAAAUCUCCAAUCUUUCUUCGUGAAUUAGCCGGAGGAACUACUUCAGCGGGAAAAUAUAACCUUAAUUUUGUCGCAGAAUUCGUAACAAAGAAAGGGUUUGGGAUAAAAUAUGGUGAUACCGAUUCUUUAUAUCUCACCUGCCCGGAUAAGUAUUAUGAAAAAUGUGAUGAAGCCUUCUCCAGGAAAGAUCUUUCUAAAGAAGCGUACUGGACCGAAAUGGUCGAAAUUACUAUGAUUGUGAUGAAAAAGUUGCGCGAUCAAGUAAAUGCUUAUCUUAGGAUAAAAAAUGGCACAUCUUAUCUUAAGAUGGCAUAUGAAGAGGUAUUAUUUCCCGUCUGCUUCACCGGCAAGAAAAAAUAUUUCGGUAUACCACAUGAAGAUGUGGUCAAUUUUAGGCCGGAUAAUCUCUUUAUGAGAGGAAUUGAUACUGUGAAGCAAGGGAAUUCUGAGCUCUUCAGGUUUAUCGGAGAAAAGAUUAUGUGGGAGGCUAUGGGUAUCAAUAACACACGUUCAAUUCAUAAAAUUGUCGAAGACAUUCUCCGAGAUGCUAGAUUUAAGCGGUGGGAUUUUAACCAGUUUGUUGCAAUGUCUAAAUGGAAGGCUAAAGGAGGCCUCGCAUGCAAUAAAAUCUUUAUGGAACGGAUGAGAGAAAGAAUAGCAAGCGGGGAAAAAAAUAUAAAGAUCCCUGACUCUGGCGAGCACUUUAGCUAUGUUGUAGUGAACGAUGGUCCCCGCUAUAAAGAAGAUGGCACGAAAUCAACAAGGAAGGGCGAUUAUAUGGAGUUCGCAAAUAUUGCGGAAGAGUUUAAUAUGGAGAUAGAUAUCAGCUACUAUUUAGAACAAACGGUAGGAAUGUGCGCACGUUUUAUUAACGAAGAUGAUAGUUAUCAACCGCCCCCAUCGGAUAAAAUAAUGCAGAUUAAAGAUUCGGAUAAAAGAGAAAAGGAGAUCGAUGAUUAUUCCCAGAGAAAGGCAAAAAACUGGCUUAAAAGAUAUAUAAAAGGUUUGCAAUAA